UUCAGCGGAUACAUGUAUAACUGAUUGCUGUCUUUCCACCAGACAAGAAUACUGUUGCAUGAUGAAUCUAAAUCCAAAUUAUGAGGAACAUGUAGCUAGCAACAGCUUAUCAGACUAGAAUACUGUUACAUGAUGAAUCGAAAUGCAAAUUAUGACGGACAUACAGUACUGUAAACAGGUAUCUUAACAUCGAGGAUCGCGUAUCGUGCGCGACGCAAUCCAUACGCGAUAGGUUUUUGCUCCUAAAUUUCUAUCGCGUGAAGCCUUAUCGCGCUUCCUCGAUAGGCAGUCUCGAUACAUCACGAUGUGUUAAAAGUAAUUAAAUAUCUGCAACAGACUAUCAUAUAGGAGUAACGGUACAAGAUAUAUUGGUAUAAGUAGACCUGCACAUUAGCUUCUAAAGUGUUUCACAAGUGAUGAAACAAUUGGAACUUAAGCCCACGACCUCUCGCUUGCCGGUCGAUUGCUCUAUCGACUGCGCUAUCGAUCCAACUUGCAGCACUUGGAAAACUAAUGUGUGUUUUUGUUUACUAAAUCCGAUUAUGGUGCGCAAAUGGCAAUGCUAAAAUGAGAAUAUUAAAAAUGAAACAAGUGGUUCGUUAUGCAGAUUGUGAGUGAAACAUCCAGAAAAAUAAUAUGAUCCUGAAUGUGAUGACACAGAAUGAAUGGUUGUUGGUAUGUUAAAACUAAACGCGAUGGAUAAAAAAUAUAUCUUAUUAUUCUUUAUACUUAUUUUUGUUAUUUACACGUAUCAAAACUUUGAUAAACUUUCUCAAAAUCUCAUAGGAAUGAAUACAAUAAAAAGCUCAAAUAUAUACGCCAUAUUAGCAAUUGGAGACAGUUUGACAGAAGGUUUAUAUAGCUGGCCAAAGUCGAAGAAAUUUCAUCCUUAUACAACACGAUUACAAACAUUGCUAUCGAAAACCUUCCAUCACGUGGAAGUUACAAACGCUGGUAUUAGUGGUAACAGAGUUAAAGACAUUAGAUUAAGAUUACGUAAGCAGUUAAAGACGAAACCAUACAAGUUGGUUUUAAUAUUAGCAGGAACAAACGAUUACAUUUACAUUGUGAAGAAAAUAAAACGUAAUGUGGCUGACUUUAAACAUUUUACUCAUUCAGUAAAGCAAAUUGCUAAUAAUAUUGAAGAGCUUCACAGUAUUUGUCAUAAGGAGAGAAUCAGAACCGCCGUUAUAACCAUACCGCCAAUACAACUUGAACAUCAAGCACGUAUAUUUACUCGUUACAGAAGCUUUAUAAACAGCUUGCUAAAACAAUAUGCUGAAUCACAUCGUAAUGUGACUGUGUUUAUCGAUCUAGCUGCUAGUAUUGAAAAGCAAAGCAGUGGUGAGAAUGAAAUGAAAUUAUGGGAUGAUAACGUACAUUUUACACCAGAAGGUUACGACAAAAUGGCUGAUAUUAUUUACGAUGCACUAAAAGAUUAUUUGUAGUGAUGGCUUAUUAUUGUGUAGAUGUGUUUACGCGAAAUAAUUUCUGCCCAUGCGCGCAUUCCCCUAA